AGGCAUUGCCGCAUUGCGUGCACGGAUCUGUAAAGAUCACCCUUGCUUAGGGUCGCCCUUGCGUGCAGAUGACAAACAGACCUAACAGAGGCCUCAUUCAUUUCCCACCCCCUCACCUCCUCCCUCGCCUUGUCAGGACAGGGUGCGCAGCCGAGGUGCGCUCAAGUAGUUGGACGCCUCCUCUCCCUCAUGCACCCUCCUCUGCUCGUCCCUCUUCUCUCUCCGCCAGUUCCUUUUUUCCCUUCAAGCCUUCCCCGUCCAGCAUUUUGCUUGAGAUGUGGAGUGCAUCUCUAAGCAGUGAGCAAACUUCGCAGUUCACCGUUCGACUGGGGCCCUCCAGAUUUAGAGGGAGAAUCGCACCCUGGUCGUAACCUUGUCCUCGGCCCUUUAUACCUGGCAAGGGUGCUGCCAGUUGUUAUUUCUGUUCUAGUCGUUCCUUGUCGAGAGGCGUACAGGGCAAUUAUCCGAAGAUCGUUCGCGCAAACAGAAUGAGCGGCAUGCAAUGGUGCAUUGUAUAGACCGUAGCGAAGGUGUGCUCCGUUAGUUUUGAAUAUGCUGCAUUUGAACGGGUCGCUUGUCCGCUGGCUGCCAACGUGCCAACGUCUAACCCACUCAGGCCCAGUUUAGUAUCCCCAAGUCGCACACUUGUUCGUUUUGAUUUUAGGCGUCACCCACAGGGUGCUUGCGCUCUAUGCCGAUUUGGCUCACGCGUCGUCCACAGGGUGCUUGCGCCCUAUGCUGACUUGUUGCAUGGUUGUCUGCCGAGAGUGCCUCCCGCGUCUUGUCGACCACGCGCUGUUACGCCUUCAUGCGCCGUGGUCGCAACGUGUUGCUCUCGCCCAUGUUGACGAUGCAGCAGGGAAUACAGAACCGCUUACUGAGUGCACGGGGCCGGACGGUGACACAGGACAAGAUCGAGGCAAAGCAGAUGAAGAUCGUAAACGAGAUGCGCCAGGUCAUGACGGACAGCUUGAAGGCCGAGUUCCUCAUACAGGCGCUCCUGAACGUGGUGCUCUGCGGGCUCCUGUGCUACGAGCAGUUCCCCUUCCUGCCAGACCUGACGUGGGCGGGCCUGAAUGACAAGGGCACGGUCUUGAUCGGGAAGCUGUACGGGAUUUGGGGCAUUUGGCUGACGACCGUACCCGCGCUUCGAGCACGGAAGCCGGGCGGGCCGUACGGCAUGGGCUACGAGGAGAAGCGGGCCCUGGACCUGUCGUUCCUGGUUCUGCCCUUCAUCUGCAUCCUCACCCCGUUCGCCAGUCGGGACCCCGCCGCAACAUUUUGGGCUUGUCUCGCCACCCUGGCCGGGCUGUACGCCUGGAGCUUCACCACCCCGCUGCAGGCCGCCUCCGGCCCGCGCCGCGGGGCCGGGGGCGAGCUGCCGGAGCCGGUGCAGUGGGCGCUGCGGGCCCUCGACUUCGGGACCGGGGAGGAGCGCGGUGCGCGGCGGGAGGACACCACGUGGCAGGACCAGCUGGCGAGCUACGAGAGAGAGGCCGAGAGGCUUGCGGCGGCGAAGGAGAAGGCGAAGAAGAAGGUGGAGACCUAGGAGAGCGUCCUCGGCCUCGUUGCGGCGUCAGGUGCGCGGCGGAGCCGCGGCGCGGACGGGCCGCCGUGCGGCGCAAGCGAGUUUUCCCCGGCGGAGCUCUCGCGCGCCGGCUGCGGCGGGCUCUCGGUGCGCGCCGGCAGGAGCGGUAUGCGCGCGGCUAACAGAUGCGG